AUGAGCGGCCAGCCUGCGAAGGAGAAGCCAGAGUCUCACCGCAGACCCCUCCUGCCAGAGCCUCUUUCCAGCAGAUUCAAACUCUACGAGUCAGACUUCACCAGCCCCAGCUGGCCCUCGAGCCCCCAGGACACACACCCGGCUCUGCCCCUCCUGGAAAUGCCUGAGGAAAAGAAUCUUCGAUCAUCCAAUGAAGAUAGCCAUAUUGUGAAAAUGGAAACCACCAAGGACAGGAGUAAAAGAAGAGAGAGCGAAGCAACGCAUCAGGAUUCUGCUGGCCGAAGGGGCAUCAGCCUCUUCCAAGCUCUGGGCUACAUCACUGGUGAGAUGAAGGAGUGCAGGAGCUGGCUGACAGACAAGCCCCUGGCCUUCCAGUUCACAGACUGGGUCCUGCGGGGGGUGGCCCAGGUUAUGUUUGUCAACAACCCUCUCAGUGGGCUCGUGGUCUGCAUCGGGCUCCUGAUCCAGAACCCCUGGUGGACGAUCGCUGGUGGCCUCGGGGUUGUGGUCUCCACCUUAACUGCCCUUGCCUUAAGUCAAGACAGGGAAGCCAUUGCCUCAGGACUCCAUGGCUACAACGGGCUGCUGGUGGGGCUGCUGAUGGCUGUGUGCUCCGAGAAGCUGGACUACUACUGGUGGCUUCUACUUCCGGUCACCUUCACCGCCAUGGCCUGUCCAGUCCUUUCUAGUGCACUGAAUUCCAUCUUCAGCAAGUGGGAUCUCCCCGUCUUCACGCUGCCCUUCAACAUCGUGGUGACCCUGUACUUUGCAGCCACAGGCCACUACAACCUCUUCUUCCCCACAAAGCUGGUGAAACCCGUGUCUUCACUGCCCAACAUCACCUGGACAGAAAUUGAGAUGCCCUUGCUGCUACAAGCCAUCCCCAUCGGGGUGGGCCAGGUGUAUGGCUGUGACAACCCCUGGACGGGCGGUGUGUUCCUCGUGGCCCUGUUCAUCUGCUCACCACUCAUCUGUCUGCACGCCGCCAUCGGCUCCAUCGUGGGGAUGCUGGCAGCCCUGACGGUGGCCACGCCCUUUGAGAAGAUCUACCUGGGCCUUUGGAGCUACAACUGCGUCCUCUCCUGCAUCGCAGUUGGCGGCAUGUUCUACGCCCUCACCUGGCAGACCCACCUGCUAGCCCUCGUCUGUGCCCUGUUCUCUGCAUACAUGGGAGCAGCCCUCGCCAACAUCAUGUCUGUGAUUGGUGUGCCUCCCUGCACCUGGCCCUUCUGCCUUUCCACCCUCAUCUUCCUGCUGCUGACCACCAGCAACCCCGCCAUCUACAAGCUCCCGCUCAGCAAGGUCACCUACCCGGAGGCCAACCGCAUCUACUACCUGACUCUGAGGAACGGCGAAGAAGAGAAGGCCCCCAGCGGUGACUAG